CCUCUUCACGGUAGAUAGAGAAGAAGGAACAGAGGAAACAAAAAAAAAUCCAUCAAAGCUCGAAUCUUUGAGUUUUGAAAUCCAACUGCUGUACCUCAAAAUCUUUCCGAAACCCAGAUUGAAAAUCCCUCGAUUCUUCAAUACCCAGAUCUCGAUUUUCCCAACCAUUUCUUUUCUCCCUCUCUGUUUCUUUUUUCUUCGUUUCUUCUUCUCUGGUUCGUUAAUGGCGAUUUCUCCAUCGCCGAUCAUCGUUUGAAGGUUUAGUCGAGCGGCUCCUCUUCUCCGAGUUGAGGGAUUUGGAGUGGGGAUUCGAUUGUUCUCAGAGCUCCUCUGUUUUUCUUUUCCUUUUCAUUUUCCCGGCGGGAAAAAGGAACAAUGAUAGUGGCGGCGCCGGCGGCGAAGGACAGAGUGAAAUUCAACGUGGGCGGAAGAAUCUUCGAGACAACAAGCACCACUCUAGCCAACGCAGGGAGGGACUCCUUCUUCGGCCCUCUCUUCGACGAAAACUGGGACUUGAAAGAUUCCAGUCAAUCCGCCGGCGGCGGCGAAUUCUUCAUCGACCGGAAUCCGGACUGCUUCGCCGUCGUCCUCGAUCUCCUCCGAACCGGCGACUUAAACAUCCCGCCCAACAUCCCAGAGCGCCUCCUCUACCGUGAAGCCUCCUUCUACGGCGUCCUCGACCAUGUCCGCUCCGCGAAAUGGGGUCCGUUCGACGGAAACCGCCUCCGUUACUCAAAAUCCAUCUCCGGCACCGCUCCCGGCGACGGCACAGCCAUCCGCGCCGCCCCAGACGGAGGCUGCGCCGUCGCACACGGCAGCAUCGUUCACGUCUACGACUGGAUGUUGUCAGAGGAACACCCGCCUCUGACCCUCGACCACCAGCGGGUCAACGACGUCAUCUGGGUCGACCCGGAAAAUCUCGCCGUCUCCGCCUGCGAGCGGCUCGGCCGCGGCGACGGCGGAUUGGGUAUGUUCAACAAAACCUCCGGCCAGCUCCGAUUCAAAUUCCAGGUCACCCACGACAAUCAAGUCAAGAGCUUUACCGCUGGAGCUCUGGCCACAGCACAAAAUCCCAACCACAGAAUCUUCAGCAGCUGUAAGGGGAGGAGCAACGAGUACGGAAUCGGAGUGUGGGAUCAAUUCACCGGAAAGCAAGUCGAUUUCUUCUACGAAUCCCCCGGAUGGUCUCUGGGCGACGCCGAUCGGCUCCAAUGGCUGGAGGAAAGGAACUGUCUUUUGGUGGCUACUCUGUUCCCCAGAAAGGACAAUUGCUACAUUAGUCUGCUCGAUUUCAGAACCAAGGACAUGGUGUGGUCGUGGUCGGACGUCGGAGCUCCGAUGACCGUCGACGAGAGGCGGGUCCGGGACGGGAUAGCCAUGGAAGGCAACAAUGCCAUAUGCGUGGUGAACGAGUAUGAAGAUUUAGGGUUUAUGGAUUUGAGGAUGAACGGCGGCGCGAUCAGGUGGAGCUCGAGGAGUCGGUUGAUCAUGAAAGGCAGGAUGCCCGACGACGAGCCCUGUUACCCGAAGCUCGCGCUUCACGAUGGGGGCCAAUUGUUUUCGUCGAUGAACGACUGCAUCUCGGUAUUCUGUGGUCCUGAUAUGGUCAUGACCUCGAGGCUUCGUCGAGGAUAUGGAGGAUCGAUCUGCGAUUUCUCGAUCGGCGGGGAUAGGUUGUUUGCUCUUCAUAGUGAGGAGAAUGUGUUUGAUGUUUGGGAGUGUCCUCCGCCGCCGGUGAUCUGAUUUUUUGAUGAUCAUGUUCCUCAAAGUUUGGAACUUUGUGUUAUGUGUUGGAUUGAAAAUGCUAACUUGGCUAGUACUAUAGAGAUGUGACAAAGGGUGGGAAUAGAAUAUACUGAAAUGUGUGGUGUUUUUCUUUGUGCUCAUUUAUAGGCUAAUAGAGAAGGCAAUAGGAUUUUGUUUUCUUCUUCUUCUUCUUCUUUGUUUCUGGUGUGGACAAUAGUAGUAGCUUCUUACUACACUACAUAUGUAAGUUUGGGCAUUUUUAUAGCCAUGGUUUGUAGGAGUGAAAUUCAAGAGGUUUCUCAAUCUGGGUUUUGUUCAUUUGGUACACAUUGUGCUGUUGCAAGUGCAAAGAUGAAAGCUUUGAUGGGUUGUUGUACAUUUCAAAUGUGUAUAUAAUAUGUUUCUAGGAAUAUGUUAACUCUCGUAGAGGUGGGUGGUUCAUAAAUAAGAUGGUGCCACGUUUAUGAUGAGCAGUUGAGUACUAUGCAAAAUAAUCGAACUAGAUUCAAAAUAAGGAUACAGAACCCAACAUGACAUGAUUUAUUAUACACUAAAACGGUAGAAACAAUUCAAUUUCGUAUCGUAAAUUGAAAAGCGAGAAUAAUUAUGAUCAUAUUCAAAAUUUUGAUUGAAAGUGAUGGUCGGAAAACAAACGUGACAUAAUUUUCAGAUUAAAGUGGGAAUGAAGGAUCCAAUUUCAACCUUAUUCGAAAUAUAAGAAUAAACGCGAU